UUUUGUCUAUCGCGAACAGCAGCAGCAAAAUCAGCAACAAUUUUCCAACUACAACACCACUUGUAUGUACAAUUUUAGCCUAGUUCCACUUUGUAUAAUAACAAUAAUCAACUAAAAACGAAGACGCAUCGCAACCGUUUAAAAAUACGGCCACCGACCUGGAAAGUUCGGUUGUACCGCGACAUUUUUUUGGCACGACUUUUUUUUCGGGCCGGAAAGGAACUCCACGACCCGUUUGAAAUUUAAUCAAAAAGCACGUCGAAACGAAGUAAACAUACACAAAUCUCAACAAACGCAUAGCGUAGAGACAGUACAUAGUCCAACAAGACAGAGCGAGUGAUUUUUCUUGAAAUAGCGAAGAAGUAGUCACCACAUAAACGAAAAUGCCGAAGUUGUCCCAGGAAAUCUGCAAAGAGUUGGUGGAAAAUGCCAACAAGAUCGCGGCCCCGGGCAAGGGAAUUCUGGCGGCAGACGAGUCAACCGGGACCAUUGGAAAGCGCUUCGACUCCGUUGGCGUGGAAAACAGCGAAGCCAACCGGAGCUUCUACCGAGGAUUGCUUUUCACCACGAAAGGUAGCGAAUUUCAAUCUUUCGUGCGUCUUUUUUUUAGUAAUGCAACACCAUCUUGCGACAUGAUUGGUUGCAGGCAAUCUCAUUCUGUUGAUCUUCGUGAUAUGCAAGCACAACAACAUUCUAGGUGUCGGCGAGUACAUUUCCGGUGCGAUUCUGUACGAAGAGACUCUGUACCAGAAGGAUCCGAGCGGCGUUCCGAUGACCGAGCUUUUGGCGGCUGAGGGCAUCUUGCCAGGUAAAACCGUAAAGGAUAAGAAUGAUCCUCACCACGAAGAUGAAGAUGUAAUCACAAUGAUAACUCGUAUUGCAUGCAGCUGUAAAGGAGGUAAACAUGUUUUUCUUCCGUUCCUCAAGGAAGCGGAGGACCUGUGCAGCCUGCCUUUGAGCUUUAGUUGCCUCUCCGCAUCACUAUAUCUACACACGUUCUCCUUAUCCAGGUAUCAAGGUCGACAAGGGCUUGGUGGAUUUGAUGGGGACCGAUGGUGAGAAGAGCACCCAGGGCCUCGACGGCCUUUCCAAGCGGUGCGCGGACUACUACAAGGCGGGUGCGCGCUUCGCCAAGUGGCGCGCAGUCCUCACGAUUGACCAGGCCACUGGUAAGGUUGUUUGCUGUAAGUGUAGUACCUGCUUCAUCGCAUCGAAAUUUAUUUCGACUUGUUCUCCUCUUGUUGCAGCAUGGUCAUCACGAAGAUCCUUGCACGAACACCAUGCAAACACACCAGCAGGGGAAUAUUUGCAUUGUCACGAAUAUUAACAAUCAGGCAAGCCGUCCAACCUGAGCAUACAAGAGACCGCGCACACUUUGGCCCGGUACGCCUCUAUCUGCCAGGAAAACAAAAUUGUCCCCAUCGUCGAGCCGGAAAUUAUGCAGGACGGGUCCCACAGCAUCGAGGUUGCCGCUGAGACCACAGAGAAGGUAUAGUGGUGACUGCUGUAUGUUUUGUUCUUCAGGCUUGUAUCACGAAGGUGGCUAAGCAGGGCGCUUCAAAAAAAAGGAAGCUCGAAUGCAUUUUUUUUGCGAUCAUGGUUUGUGAACGAUAAAAACACUUGCAACAUCAUCAUGAAAAAAAAGGUCCUUGCCGCCACCUUCAAGGCCCUCGCAGACCACAAGAUUCUCCUCGAGGGCUGCCUUCUGAAGCCGAACAUGGUCACCCCGGGCUCUGAAAACCCGAACUGGAACACGGAAGAAAUCGCCUACAUGACCGUCCGUACCCUGCAGCGCACGGUAUUUGAUUUUGGUUUUGCAAGGUUUGCAUCACAAUCUGCAUGGCAUUCACAAGCACAAGUUUGUUCAGCAUGUCAAAUGGCUGAAACAAACCAGCUGCCAUGCAUGUGUACUAGUAAUACAAACGCAUUCUCGUUCUUGCAUCCUCCGCAAUACAAGCUCCAUGCGAUACCACUACAACAGGUGCCCCCGGCGCUGGUCGGCGUGAUGUUCCUGUCCGGUGGACAAUCGGAGGAGGACGCUUCCCUGAACCUGAACGCGAUGAAUGCGUUGAAGAUGAAAAAGCCCUGGGCCCUGUCCUUCUCCUACGGGCGCGCGUUGCAGGCGACCGUGCUGAAAACCUGGGCGGGCAACCCGGCCAACAAGGAGGCCGCGCAGGCGGCGUUGAUGGUCCGGGCGAAGGCCAACAGCGAGGCCCAGUUGGGCAAGUACGCGGGAUCUAAGGACGGCGCGGGCAAGGAAUCCCUCUUCGUCAAGGGGUACGUGUACUAA